AUGCGACUGCAAGAUGGGUCUACAAAGACCGGAGGAGAGGAGGCGGAAAGAGCUGGCCUAAAAGGUGGUAUAAGCCCUUGGGAUCUUCUGAUCUGCUUGUCUUCGAGAAACAAUGAUGGUACUGGAUGCAUCCAAACAGAAGACCUGCAUCAUCUAGAGUUAUUCCAGAAGGUAAACCUACUUCCAGAAAUCCAGCAUUUCCUUUGCAGAAAAGAGGGAUUAUGUCAGAUAACAAAAGCCUUUUCAGACCUGCAGCUCCCAGUCAUCACUCCAGAGUGCUCCAGCCAGCGUGGGUUGUCAAGGGCCAGUGCUGCAAGCAACGUGUCCCAGGGUGGUGAAAACACUGACAAGACACGUCCUGCCCAUCUGCGGUACUGGUGGAAGCAGAGCACGAGCGCACAGCUGAAUCAAAUAUCAGCUUCACCAGACCACAAGGAUAUCCUUAAAGCUCAAGAUUUUUCUGUCAUCAUCAAAGCCUAUGUGCUUGUGACAUCCUUAACACCUCUGCGGGCAUUUAUUCAUUCAACUGCCACUGUCUGGCAUCCACCCAAAAAGAAGCACUUUUCUGUAAAGCUGCAGAGGUUUUUUGAGAUAUUCUUCAAAAGCAGUUCUCCCCAACAAGCAUUCAACAACAUGAAGGAAGCUAUAAGUAAACUUCUACUUGUAACUGAGGUCUUCAGUGAAUCAUCUGCCUCAGGACUAAAUUCUUUCAAUCAAUGCAGACAAUGUUUUCAAAUGCUAACCUUUGACGUUGGAUUCAGCACCUCCAUAUACCCAGUAAUUCUUGAGGUGCAUGAAAACUUUGACUUUCAAGAUGAGGAUGAACGAAGUGUUCAGGACCAAAUUUUCAAAGAACUUCUUUUUGAAGAUACUUUUAAAUUUCUCUUAUCUAAUGAAUCCUCAACAUCCAGUUUUAUAGAAGCUUUACAAAAAAUAUAUGGAUCUACUAUGAGCAAGGACGGAACUUACCACAAAGAAGACGAGCAAUGUUUGUCUUUAGAAGAGAUAAAUUCAAUGACUACAUUCUUAAAGGAGCUGAAGAGUCUUGGACAAUUUGAGCUGCUUUUCCCUUCCGCUGCACCCAAGAUUCAAACUCUACUGCGCGACCUUUAUCACAUGGUAGACCCAAUGAGGCAGCUUGGUUCAGUCCUGACUGUGCAUUGGUUGCUUUCCAGUUUACUUGAACAAUUCCAGUUCAUGACUAAAGAGGCACAUACAAAUCUUUCAGAAUGGAGAAGCAAGAAGAACUCUAGAAACUCAUCUCAAACUAUAAUGAAAUGGUUACAGUCUAGGAAUUCUUCUCAAGAAAAUGUGAGUCCUAAACAGAACGUUCCUUCUGACUACAGGAAGGAUCGUGAAGCAUUGCCUUAUUCCAGUAAGACUAAAGAAAGACAAUGCAGUUAUGAUAAAGAUACCCUAUCUCAUAUCAGGCAGAUCUUCACCAGUCCACAGCUGGAUUUGAAUCCUCAGUUUAACCCAAAGAUCAAGGAGUACUACGCAGAAGUCCCAUUCGACAUGGUGACUGUGAAGAUAGGAGCAGAACCCUCUAACUGUCAAUGCCAGGUACACCUUGAUGAGAAGAAAGGACCAAGCAUUGCUAACUACCCCCUCGGCCUUGGAUUAAACAAAGUCAUCAUUCUCGUAACAGAUGAUUCACAACCCAAACCUGAAGUUGUGAGCAGCUACAAAAUCACAAUUUAUCGAGAGGACCGCCCUAGUCUGCCUUUGUUUGAUGACUAUAUGGUGUGUGGGUUUGUGCAGGACUGUGGUUCUCGAAUUCGUCCAGAGGAGUCCUGUGGCUUGCAGCCUCUGUCUCAUGAAUACCUCUCAGCAAUUUCACAGACGGUGUUUAAGACCUGCGAAGCUGGGGACAUAAAAGGGCAGUGGAUCGUCCCUUGCCUCAGCUGCUCUGACAACAGGACCUGCGACUGCCGCCCCGAGGCCUGCCGAUACUCUGUGCUACCCAAGCCUGAGCUCCAGCGCUGCGUGGAAGGCAGGAAGAUUCUUUUUAUAGGUGACUCGACUAACAGAGGGAUGAUGUACUAUCUAAUAGAAAGAGUGAAUACGACUCUUCAGGAAUGGCAAAAGACUCAUGAUGUUAAAUGUUAUCAUAAUAUCAACGAGGGGAAAACAUUUAUCAGUUACUCCUACUACCCCCAGUUUUGGAUGAACACAAACCAGAGACCAACUUUUGAGAAAGCACUAGAACAACUGCUGCAGAGAUCACGUCCCCUGGAGAACACAGACCAGACCGUAUUAAUUGUAGGUGGUGUUCAGUGGCUUAAUUCCAAUCACCUGCAAAUUAUCCAAAAGGUGUUGAACAGGGAAAAUCUAUCAAAUAUCCUGGUAAUUAUCAAAUCCAUAGGGAUGGGCUUUCACCUCCCAGUGGAUGGAAUACAUUCUCUAUCACAGGCAGAAGUACAAAACUUGUGGAAUGAAAACUUGGUUAUUCUGGAUACAGCAAAAAAUUUUGGCUAUGAAGUUGUUGACACAUUUGUCAUCACCAUGGGACGUUACAAAGAAUUCCUGCAAGGGAAGUGCGGCUGCCAUUUCCAUGAGGUGGUGAAAUCCAAUCCCUCUGAAGAAAGCCCGCACAUAACAAUGACGUUGUCAAGGCACUAUAUGCUGGGGAAAUAUUUCGGCAGUCAAAGCAAGCCGUCACAACUGCAGGAUUAUGCAACAAAUUCUCAGUCCCCAUAUCAUGUCCGAGGUCCAAUAAAUCAAGUUUAUUCUGAAAUCCUUCUCAGCAGGCUCUGUGCAAGUAAGAGGGAACUUGGCAGCACAUAGCCUCUCUUGGAUACAGGGCUGGGACUAGAGAUGUGCCACUACCUGAGUGGCAAUCGAAGGACUGUGGUGAAUUUAUGACAUGCUUCCUUGAUUGGCUGCACACACACCGACAGAGUUUGAGACAUGUGGCAUUCUUCUGAAAACUUUGUGAAGUCAAGAUAUGCCCUGGCGACUCUUGGUGUCAAAAUGGAAGAUGGAGGGAUGCAAAGGAGAGAAGAGUGGAAGUUACUUGAACUGUUGCCAAAGGCUAGAACAGCUGUAGCUCAAGCAACUGCAUAUUAACCAUAGUAAAGUGAGAGAAAUACAGACACUUGAACGAUUUGGAAAGGACUGCUUUAGCUCUUCAGCACUAUCUAGUUUUUCUAUUUAUAGAGACA